AUGUUCGCCCCAGGUGAGGCCGACGUACUUCGUGAGUUCGACUCAACAAAUUCAAUGCUUGGGUCUUUCGUUGUGUCCAUCUUCAUCCUCGGAUACAUGGUCGGUCCCCUGAUCAUCGCGCCACUCUCCGAAAUCUAUGGUCGUCUCCCUCUGUACCACAUCUCCAACACGCUAUUCCUAGUAUCCACCAUCGCAUGUGCAGUAGCACAGACCUUCCCGCAGCUAUUCGUGUUUCGAUUCCUUGCCGGUGUUGCAGGCAGUUGUCCCAUGGCCCUUGGUUCGGGGACAGCAGUCGACCUCAUCGCGAAAGAGAAGCGCGCUGGCGUGAUGGCGCUCUGGGCAUUGGGUCCCAUUCUAGGGCCGGUGAUAGGCCCCGUGGCUGGAUCAUUUGUUUGUGCUAAUAUCGGAUGGCGUUGGGUAUUCUGGAUAAUUGCCAUUGCAACGGGCGUGAUGCUGGCAACGACAUUUCUCUGCUACCGCGAAACAUACGCGCCGGUCCUUUUAGAGCGCAAAGCCGCCAGUCUUCGGAGCCAGACCGGCGACGCCAGCUACAGAUCCCGAUUCGACAAGGGCCUGCCUCGAAAGGAAAUGUUCUACAUGGCCGGCGUCCGGCCGUUCAAACUGCUGUUUCUAUCCCCCAUUGUGCUUAUCAUGACCCUCUUUGGAGCAGUCUCGUACGGAUACCUGUAUCUCAUGUUCACGACGAUCAGUGCCAUCUUCAUCGACACAUAUGGCUGGCCGCAGCAGCUGACGGGUCUUGCCUAUCUCGGCUUCGGAAUCGGGUGCAUUAUAGGCCUCCUUGUCACAGGCAGUGUGGCCAAUAAGAUCGCCGCAAAGCAUUCGGCGCAGGGCCGAUUUACGCCAGAGUCUCGUUUGGGCCCGAUGUUGGUUGCUUGUUGGCUCUUGCCUAUUGGAUUGUUCUGGUAUGGGUGGUCGGCGGAGAAGCAUGUAUAUUGGAUCAUGGCUUUGAUCGGUACGGCCAUUUUUGGCUGUGGACUGAUGUCGGUUUUUUUAUGCAUCAAUACGUAUCUAGUCGAUUCUUAUAUUCAAUUUGCUGCAUCAGUGACGGCAGCCAAUGCCGUGACCCGGUCGCUGGUUGGUGCCUUUCUCCCGCUGGCUGGGCCAUCGAUGUAUAGUGCACUGGGUCUGGGCUGGGGCAACUCUUUAUUGGCAUUCAUUGCCCUUGCAUUUUGCAUGUUUCCAGUGUUCUUGAGCCGGUAUGGGGCGGCUGUUCGGACUCAGCCACGAUUCCAGUUGAAUUUAUGA